UGUAAACGAAACGAAGCAGCGGCAUCUGACAUUUUUUACAGUUCAGACAGUGCUCAGUUUCUGAAGAAACGAGCAGAAUUUUGAGAAUAGCAUGUUUAAAAUGUAAAAGUGGCAAAUGAGGGAUAAUAUAUCUGUCCAUGCUGGAUAUUGAUGGUUUCAUUACGUAAAUCUGUCAGCUGAAGAAAAAAGGGAGGCGUCACUGGAAGUAAAGCUGAUGGAGAGAGACAAAAAACUGAGCAGAGAGGCGAUGGAAAAUGUUUCAGUGGGUGUGACUGAUGGGACAGAUUCAGACUGGAGCAUCAGAGAUCAGCUCUCUGAACAGAGAUCCAGAAACACACAGGACUCAGAGAUCAGCCUCAGUUUACUCUGUUACACUGACACUCAAGAGAGUGUGUGUGACAGUCACAAAUCCACCAAUCAAAUCUCCACAGAGUCUUUGGGUUCAGACUGUAAUGCUGAAGAAGAGCAGACACCACUUAAGACGUGCUCAGUGAACUUGGAGGACUGCAGGAACCUAACGAAGAUGAAAAGAGAAACCACAGCUGAUGAAGAACAGAGCGAUGAUGACGACGAUGAUGAUGAUGUUUUUAUUCCAUCAGACUUAAAAGAGGAAAGUGAAAUGCUGAGUGAAGUGGAGGAGAUGCAUCAGCAUCGGAAACCUCAUAAUGUUUUAAGUGAAGAAACGUCUUUCACAGGCCAUGAAUGUGGAACGAGUUUAGUUCAGGAAGGUCAAAAACCAUACAAAUGCCCUCAGUGUGGAAGGAGUUUUUCACAAAGAGAACAGCUUGAAAUGCAUAUGAAUGUUCACACCGGAGAGAAACCUUUUGCCUGCCAUGAGUGUGGAAAGAGUUUCACACGUCAAGGAAGCCUUAAUGUGCACAUGAGAGUCCAUACGGGAGAGAAGCCUUUCCUGUGCCCUCAAUGUGGAAAGAGUUUCAGUAUUAAACUGUAUCUUAAAAAUCACCUAAAAAUUCAUACUGGAGAGAAACCGUACACAUGCACUGAGUGUGGGAGGAUUUUCUCACAAAGAGGACACCUUGACACGCACAUGAGAUCUCACACCGGAGAGAAACCUUAUUCGUGCCAUGAGUGUGGAAAGAGUUUCACACGCCAAGGAAGACUUAAUAUUCACAUGAGAACUCACACUGGAGAAAAGCCGUUCACGUGCCCUCAGUGUGAGAAGAGUUUCAUUGGUAAACAUUACCUUAAGGAUCACCUAAAAGUUCACACUGGAGAGAAACCGUACACAUGCACUCAAUGUGGGAAGAGUUUUGCACAUAAAGGAAUCCUUAAUGUGCACAUGAGAGUUCACACCGGAGAGAAACCUUAUACCUGCCACGAGUGUGGAAAGAGUUUCACACGGGCAGAGAGUGUCAAAGAUCAUCAUCUACGAAUUCACUCUGGAGAAAAGUCAAACUGUGAUCAGUAAAACAUGAUUUUGGGUUUAGAACUUAUCAGUAUCUAAUACAAGAGAGACGGUUUCAGAGUUGCUUUUAAAGUCACUUGCUCUACAUAUAUGCUAUGCCUUAUACUCAAAAAUAAUGUUUUUCUUACUGUAAAAUGAGCUCAACAAAAACUCUUUGUGCAAAGCACACGGACCCAACUAAUCAUUAAUGAAAUCCAUUGUUGUCUAAUUUAAUAAUCAGUCUUUAUUUGAAAUUGCAGCUAUAAUAUAUAUAUAUUUUUUAUGUUUAAUCAUAGCAGUUCUGCAGGGCCGUGGACUGUAGACUAUUUAAUUGUAUGUAAUUUGUCUAUUUAAUUUGAUGCUUAUUUAAUGUUUAUCAAUAUAAAAUGACAAAAUUCACAAAAAUUAGGGUAAUAAACUGCAUUUAGAACUGUUCUAAAAAUGCAGGCUUUGUAAUUGUCCCCAACCGACGUGAACGUUGAGAUCGUCAUGGACCUUGUAGCUCUCCACCAUCUUGAAGAACAAAAAAUUCAAAGCAGCGCACGGCUAGUCUGUUGUGAGGUGAUGGUCAUGUACUACACUGGAGUGCUAAAAGCCCCCUUGAAAAAGGACCGGAUUCCUCUCAACCUCAACCCGCAAAAGAGUGAGUGGAGUUUGACUAUCAAACAGUCCCACCAGAGACUUUUUUCUGGUUAUUAUGUCCCAAAAUGUCUGAAUUGGUUGCUGCAUUUGUCAAAAAUCACUUGGUGAUGAGGCCUGUGAUUUAUGGAUCUUCAUUAGCUUAUGUUGCAUCUGUUUUCCAUAAAUUUAGAUUUUGUUUUUUAGUGGGAAAAAAAGCAGAAAACAAUCAAGCUAUUGCACCUAAUGUUUGAGGAAUUGGUUGAAUUGCCAUUCAUUUGUGAAAUUGCAAAAAGUCAAUGGCCCAAAAUGUAGUUCUCUGCAUUAUGAAUAUAAAUGUGCAAUGAAAAUGAUGGCAAUGAUGGAUGACUGAAAGCAAGUGUGGGGGUGAACAAAUAUUCAUAGUGCAGAAUUUAAAAAGAGAAAACUUUUUUUUUUUUGACAUGGGAAAAAAGUGAUGGUUAUUAUGACAUAAUGGAAUGGAAAACCAGUAGAGAAAAAUGUAAUGUAGUGAAAAGUUAGUUUAGUUUUAUUUUUUUCCAAACAACGCUGUUGCUUUAAAUCAGAACAGGCACUGCUAUGCAAAAUGAUCAACAAUUAUUUUUUAUAAUUGUGUUUUUUUUUUUCAUUGUCAUUAAUGGCAUGUUCAAUGUCU